CCGGGAGCAAGGGCGUACUGUGACGUCAUAUUUCAGCGACCCGUACACCAUAAACUACGGAAAGCUCGUGCCUCAUGCUUUGGCAGAGUAGAGCCGGCCUGUUGAUGGCUGCACUUCCAAGGCCCUGCACAAGAAGGGCGUUAAAGAUGGCCUGCACUGCCUCCUGCCAUGACCAAAGACUGCCCAGCAGGGAGGGGGUCCGUCUCUCCAGAUCUCCGGGCAGCGCGGUGCUGCAGAGCAGGGGCCUGGUUUCUGCGGCUUCGGCUGCCUCAGCCGGUCCCAGCUGGUACGAGAGCCUCGCGGACUCGGCGCCCGUCCACCUGACGGAGGGGCUCCUGGCGGUGACGCAGCAGGCCACGGGGCUGCCAUGGUGGGCUAGCAUCGCCUGCACCACGGUGGCCCUGAGGACGGCCGUCACUCUGCCCCUGGGCACCUACCAGAUGGCCAUCAUAGCAAAGAUUGAGUCGUUGCAAGUUGAAAUUGGAGAGCUAGCCAAGCGUCUACGAUAUGAGGUCUCCGUCCGGGCCAAACAGCUGGGCUGGUCUGAGAAAGUCGCUCGGUACCAUUUCAGGAAGAACUUGCGCCGCAUCGUGUCUGAACUAUACGUGCGAGACAACUGCCACCCGGUGAAAGCCAGCCUCCUGAUCUGGGUUCAGAUCCCCAUGUGGGUGUUUCUGUCGCUCGCUCUGCGCAACAUGAGUCUGGGAGUUAGCGACUCCUCUAGAGCUUUUCAAUCAGAGCUCGCAGCAGGGGGCGCCCUUUGGUUUCCUGAUCUCACACUGCCUGAUCCCACCUGGAUAAUGCCAGUUUCCUUAGGACUGGUCAACUUGAUCAUUGUAGAGAUUUUCUCUUUACGGAGAACUGAAGUGUCCAGGUUCCAGAAGUACAUCACCAAUUUUAUCCGUGGGAUUUCGUUGGUGAUGAUACCAAUUGCAGCUACUGUGCCCUCGUCCAUGACCCUGUACUGGCUGAGCUCCAGCUGCGUUGGCCUGGGGCACAACUUGCUGCUGCGCUCCCCGCGUUUCCGCAGGAUCUGCCGGAUCCCCCCCAGCCGGGCCGACUCGGAGACUCCGUACAGAGACCUCGCCUCCGCCUUUGUCACCAAAUACUUCAAGUAGCCCUGGUGCCGGGCCACGCCGGGCCUCUGUGGAGGACCGCUCUGCCGUGCGAUUCAUUUCCUGGUUUUAAACUCUUGCGGAGCUGGCUUUCCCAGUGGAAUACACGCAUCCCUCUCGAAAAAUAAUCCAGAAAAUCUGGAAUUUUCUGAGGAUUCAACAGGCCAAAGCCUCACGAAAGUAAAAAAAAAACCAAACCUCUGUAGGGUUUUGUGUUUGGCUUUGGUGGAAGUCUGACGUUAUUUCCACAACACCUGUAUAUGGUAUGUUAAUACCAUGGAAGACUGGAAAGCUUUUACUGCAGGAGACAUUUUAUUCAUGUGGGAGUGUUGAAUGGAUUGGAAUGUGUGUUGAGUACAUAAUGUAAAAACUCAAGGAAGCUAGCUGUUGAGAGAGGCAGAGAUUCAGCGUCUUUGGAAUUUUUGGCAACUGACCAAUUCCCAUCCCUAAACAAAAAGUUUCACAUGAGAAUGCUUUUAGUUUUGCAGUACUGUCCAGCAUGAUAAGACCUUUAGGGAUAUUCCAUGUCCUUUUUUAUGUCUUUUUCCCCCAGAAAACGAUACUUAAGAAAAUAACCUUUUUUUUUUCCACAAGCACACCUCUUUAAAGGUGUUUGGUUUUCGUGUAAAGUGUAAAUUCAAUCAAUCCUCGAUUUUGAAGAUAAAACGUCUUUGUUCUCGUUCUCGAAAUUAAACUGGUAUUCUGUGUUUUACUUUA